UGUAACAUCAUUCGCAGGACUGGUUGAACUCGAGAGAGGUACUGCUGAGGCUGUUACAACAGCCUUACUUGAGUUCUUGGAAAAACAUAUGAAGCUGGACGUCAAGAAAUGCAUUGGCCUGGGAACAGAUGGCUGUAACACAAUGUCAGGAGCACAUAACUCAGUGAUCUCAAAAUUGCGGGAAGUAAACCCGCAUGUAACACACAUUAAGUGCAUAUGUCACUCUUUACAACUAUGCACUUCAUAUGCAAUGAAAAAGUUGCCCUCCCACCUUGAGUAUAUGCUGUCACAAACCUACAGAUAUUUCUCUAGUAGUGUUCUCCGCCAACAAAAGUAUGCAAACCUAUACUCUACAAUCAACGUGGGAGAACAGCCUCUCAAGAUUCUGCAGCUGUGUGAUACACGAUGGCUUGCAAUUGCUCCAUGCCUGUCGAGGAUCCUGCAUCAGUAUGACGAACUGAAACUUCAUUUUGAGAUUUCCAAGCACGAAGACUAUGCUGCCGACCUGUUGUAUCAAAUGUACAAAGAUCCAGCGAACAAGGCGUUCUUGGCGUUCCUGAACCCUAUUGUGUCUCAGGUGAACAGAGUGAACAAGAUGUUCGAGGCUGAUCAGUGCAAUGUCAGCAAACUACUUGCAGAGCUGAUAUCCCUUUAUCAAUCCGUCCUCAUUCGACUCAUGAUGCCGAGGACCUUUUCUUCACAGCAGGCUGUGAUAAAUUUUGAUGUGGACGAUGACCGCAACCACCUGCCUUUGCAAGCAGUGGACAUGGGUGUGCAGUUCAACAUAGAAGUGGGACAGAGCAACCUGGAUCCUGGAAUUGUCACCACCAUCAGGAAACACGGGCGUGACUUCCUCAUGCAGCUUCUCAAAGAGCUACAGAUGAGGUUGCCCUCGAAUGUACAGCUUCUGCAAAGCAUGGAUGCUUUGAGUCCGAAACAGUUUUAG